AUGCAGCAUUGCGGUGGCUAUGCUGAAGUAACAGUAACAAAUUUUUUGCAUUUAUUUUAUUUACAUGUAGGAGAUGAUAGAAAUAGUCGAAAAUUGAUAUUGUUUUACAGUUGUCGGUUGCCUCCUGUCGCCGAAAUUGAACAUGAGCGCCUUUUAGAAUACUUGAAAAAAACGUUGGAUAGCUAUGUAGAAAGCGAUUAUUCGUUGAUUUAUUUUCAUUAUGGCUUAAAUAGUAAGAAUAAGCCCUCGUACACCUGGCUUAUCCAAGCCUAUAGAGCUUUUGAUAGAAAGUAUAAAAAAAAUUUGAAGGCGUUAUAUAUUGUCCAUGCAAGCAACUUCAUUAAAGUAAUGUUCACACUUUUGAGACCCAUUAUAAGCCGAAAAUUUGGAAGAAAAGUUCAAUAUAUUAACCGACUCGAAGAAUUAAAAGAAUUUACUCACUAUGAUCAAUUAGAUAUUCCGUCCGAAGUUGACGAAUAUGAUCAACGAAAGGGUUCUAAGAUCUCUCGUAAUGUCUCAAAUACGAAUAUUGGAGGUUCUUCUGUUUUUGGUGUCUCUCUGAAGCAACUAUUGUUAAGAGAAGACAGACAGAUACCGCUUAUAGUAGAGCGUUGUUGUGAAUAUAUUACCGAAAAUGGCUUAGAAAAUGAAGGGAUAUUUCGAAGAUCUGCAAAUUUCUUAACCUUGAAUGACGUCAAAAACAAGUUUGAUGAUGGUGAAGAUGUCGAAUUUGCUUAUUAUAAUGAUAUCCACUUACCAGCAGUCCUAUUAAAAAAGUGGUUACGCGAGCUUCCAGAACCGUUAUUAACGUUUAAAACAAAUAAGUUCUUGGAGUACUUUGAUGGAAAUCACGAUGAUAACCAGAUAGAAAUUAUUAAACAGAUCAUCCGUAACCUUCCUGAAGAAAAUCGCGUACUUUUAUGCUUUCUUCUUGACUUUUUGAAAAAGGUUGAAGCCAAAUCAGAUGUAAAUAAGAUGACUGCGUCUAAUUUAGCGAUAGUAUUCGCUCCGAACCUGAUUUGGUGGUCGAAUAGCGUAGCUUCGUUUGAUAGCAUAAGGCAAGCCAAUAGAUUAACUGAUUCUUUGAUAACGAAUAACUUUCUAUUAAAGGAUGAAUAAGUAAACUAUAAUAGUAGACUAUACGGUUUGCCAUUAGUAUGAUAGCUCAACUGUCACAAGCUAGGGUUAUGGUAUAUUACCAUUCGUAAUAUGAUAGGUGUGCUAAAGAUAUUGAACAUUUCAAAGACAAUUAUCCAUCUAUGACAAUUUCUUUUGAUGUACCAGUAAGCUUACGGUAUUAUUUAUCCAUGUGUGAAUAGGUAUUAUUUCAAUCAUGUAUGAAUAAAGUCAUUAAAACUCAAUUAUCUAAACA